CGGCAUCUUUUACUUGGACUUACUCUGGGCCAGAGAAGACCUACCCUGAUUAGCUGGUAUCAUUAGCUCGAUUAGCUUCAGCUUAGCAUAGCAACGGAAAUGGUGAUCUUUUCCGGUAGGCCUACGAAAGGCAACUGCAGCUAAAUAGGACUCUGGAGCAGUGUUUGUGGAAAAGACAUUUUGAUUUUUUUUUCUUGGCAGGGGUAGUUGUGACUGAGAGUAGAGUAUGUCUGUAUUAUGAGAGAAUCUGGGUGUGUGUGGGAAUUAAUAUAACAGAAGGUUAGCGAACAGUUCUAUACAGUGCUGUAUGUGUGAUAGAUGGAUACACAGACAGACAGGCAGACAGACAAAUGACUUGGGGAGAUCGAAGGGCCUAUAGGAGUGCUGGAUUUGAGGUUCCCUGUCCUCGAAUGGACAAGGAGAGAAAUUAACAGACGGACGAGAGCAGACAAAAAAGAUGAAGGAGACUCUUCUUUGGCUAGUUUGUUGCUCAUGUCUCCUCGCACUCGUAGGUGCUUCAGAGACAGAGCGCCGCCUGCUGCAGAAGAUCUUCACGGGCUACAACCUGAAGGUGCGGCCGGCAGAGUCAUGGGGCGACAGGGUGAUGGUCAGGAUAGGCAUGACCCUGGUUCAACUCAUUGGGCUGAAUGAGAAGAAUGGUGAGAUGACAACUAAUGUGUUCAUGAAUCUGGCAUGGACAGACUACAGGUUGUCUUGGAACCCAGAGGAGUAUGACAACAUAGAUGUCCUGCGAAUACCCCCAAACAAGGUGUGGCGUCCAGACGUAUACCUUAUCAACAACAACGAUGGGCAGUUUGAUGUUGCUCUGUAUGUGAAUGUGCUGGUGAGCCAUACUGGAGAGGUGUCAUGGCUGCCCCCUGCUAUCUACCGCAGCAGUUGCUCCAUAGAGGUGGCAUACUUCCCGUUUGACUGGCAGAACUGUUCCAUGGUUUUCCGAUCGUACACAUACGAUGCUUCAGAGGUGGACUUGCAGUACGGACUGGAUGAGAACGGUAGUGAGAUACAUGAGGCCGUUAUCGACGAAAAUGCUUUCACGGAGAACGGAGAAUGGCAGAUCUGCCACAGGCCUUCGAGGAAGAACACUGGGGAGGACCUGUAUGAGGACAUCACCUUCUACCUCAUUAUCGAGAGGAAGCCACUGUUCUACAUCAUCAACAUCAUCAUGCCCUGUAUCCUCACCAGUGUGCUGGCCAUAUUCGUCUUCUACCUGCCACCAGGAGCUGGAGAGAAGAUGACUCUGUCCAUAUCCGUCCUCAUCGCCCUGACUGUCUUCAUGCUCCUGCUGGCCGACAGGGUCCCGGAGACGUCGCUGGCAAUCCCCAUCAUCGUCAACUACGUCAUGUUUACCAUGAUCCUGGUGACAUUCUCAGUCAUCCUCAGCGUGGUGGUGCUCAACCUUCACCAUCGGACGCCAAGCACACACAUCAUGCCCCUGUGGGUGCGAAAGGUCUUCAUCCACUUCCUACCCAAGUACAUUGGCAUGCAGAGGCCACACCCAGAAGAACCACUGGAGGAGGAGCCAAGAGAAGACACACCUCCUUCCUAUAUGGAGAGCAGGAGGCCAGGCGGUGAAUACUUUGUGCGGAAGAUCGACCCCGAAUUAGUGCCACCAUGGAGAGGAAGUGGCAGUACAGUGCAGCUGCAGAGAUACUAUGACAGUGACAGCUACUGUCUGAUCCUCCCUCCCAACCUGAAGUCUGCCAUCGCCGCCGUCACGUACAUGGCCGAACAACUGAAGAAACAGGACGUAGAUGACACGAUGACUGAUGAUUGGCAGUAUAUCGCGUUGGUGGUGGACCGCCUCUUCCUCUGGCUCUUCGUCAUCAUCACCACGCUGGGCACCCUGGCCAUGUUCCUGGACGCCAGCUUCAACUACACCCCCGACAACCCCUUCCCCUAGGAGACAGGGGCAUUCUGGAACCAUCUGUAACCAGGAUGCAGACAUUCUAGAACUCUCCAGAUGCAAGCAACUACAACCCCUUCCCCUAGGAGACAGGGGCAUUCUAAAACACUCCGUAACCAGAAACCAGACAUUCUAGAACUCUCCAGACGCAAGCAACCACAACCACUUCCCCUAGGCGACAAGGGCCUUCUAGAACACUCUGUAACCAGGAACCAUACGUUCUAGAACUCUCCAGAAGCAAGCAACCACAACCACUUCCCCUAGGCGACAGGGAAAUUUUAGAACAAUCUGGAACAAGGCCCCAGACGUUGUAGAACUCUCCGGAAGCACAGCUACCCCGUAGUUACAUUGUAGAACCCUCUGGAAGCAGAUGUUCUCCUGACAUUAAGCAACAACAACUUUUUCCUUUAGGAGACAGUGCAUUCUAGAACCCCAUGUUGGAACCAUGCCACAGACUGUCUAUGACUGCUUCUACAAGUCUCAACCCUAACCCUGACUGCCCGUUCCCCUAAGACACCCCAUGGGACAUUUUCUCUCUCUAGAUUCAUCUGGAACCAGGCAUUGUUUAGACAUUCUAAAACCCUCCACAUACAAGCUCCAAAACACAAUGCACAAUCCAGGAAAAUGGCACAACAUUCCCGAUUAUUUUACUCAUCAGAAACAACCCUAGUAACCCCUUCCCCUAGGAGACAGGGCAAUCUGAAAGCGGGCACCAGAUAAUCUAGAAGCCUACAGCCACACGUUUUAGCAGCAAUACUCAAAACAUUUUUCCAUUGGAGUGCUUUGCAAGUCUUCACAGAUGUUUCUACUUUUGAGAAUAUUCAAGACAAUACCUUCCUGAUAGACACAUUUACUCUUUUAUCUGUGACAAAAUCUCCUGCGUUCCAGAACCCUUCAUAUUCCUGAUCUUUAAAAAUGAGAACUAUAAUCCUCCUGAUAGUCUGACU